GUUACCCUCCCCGUCGGCUUCCCCAAAAUCCCAGUCUUGUCUAUCAUCCGAUUCUUUCCCACCACCUCCAAAAAGACAAUCCCUUUCCCCACACCCUAAAUUUCUAGGUCGGUGGUCGAACAUCCUCAUUCAUUGUCAGCAGUCCUCUCCCCAAUACUGUCCGACCCGGUUCAUUUCCAACCCCCUCUAUCUCGUGCGCCUCUCUUUCAAUCACCAUCCAUCGAUCCUUUAACCACGUGCUGAAUUGUCCUGGAAACAAGGGAAUGCUUCUCAGAGCUUGCAUCGGCCUAAGAUUAUUCGUCGUCCAAUGGGCAUGCCAAUUUCCUUAUUCGAAAAUCCGGUGAUCAUCAACGACUUACAUCGUAUCCAUCCUCAUAUACUCCAACGUUCAUUAAUUUACUACGCCGACCUGACGACCACUUCUAAUUUACCAUGGCCAUAGCCAUGGCCUGGCACAAACCCGAUAAUGUUGCCGGCUCUUCUGCGCCGGCUAUAAUGAUAGGAUUAUUCGUCGCGACAGGAGGACUCUUAUUCGGUUAUGAUACGGGGUGAGUGGUGGUGGUGGUGGUGGUGGUGGAGGAGGUAAUCACGACUUGAGUGAAAGCUGACAUGGGAUUCAGUACAAUCUCUGGAGUAGUAGUAAUGCGUGCCUUUCGCCAACAAUUCUCGACCGGUUACGUUGAUCCGACCGACAAUGAAUUGUCUAUAUCGCCCAGUCAAUCUGCACAAAUCGUAGCAAUCCUGAGUGCAGGGACAUUCUUCGGAGCAUUACUCGCCGCGCCUAUGGGUGAUCAUAUUGGACGAAGGAUAUCGCUCAUCAUCGCUGUCGGUAUAUUUUGUAUUGGCGUGGCACUGCAGACUGCUGCAAUGCAUAUUCCGAUGCUCAUAGCUGGAAGGUAUGUUGCAUUGUUUCGGAUAUACUAUAGAAAGAUGACUGAAAAUCAUCUAGAUUCUUUGCGGGCUUAGGUGUUGGAAUUAUAUCGGUUCUCGUUCCUUUAUAUCAAUCAGAGAUGUCGCCAAAAUGGAUUCGAGGAACUUUGGUAUGCGCAUAUCAACUCGCCAUCACUUGUGGAAUUCUUCUCGCGGCUGUCGUCAACAUAUUUACGGAAGGUAUUGAUGGACCGAAUGCUUUUCGAGUUCCUUUCUCAAUACAGUUCGUUUGGGCAGGUAUCCUUUUCCUUGGCCUUGCUUUGUUACCAGAAACACCUCGAUAUCUCAUUAAACGUGGUCAACAUCAGGCUGCUGCCUCGUCACUAAGUCGUCUUCGUCGCCUUGACAUAACACAUCCUGCUUUGGUAGAAGAAUUGGCUGAGAUUGAAGCAAAUCAUGAAUAUGAGUUGAGCUUAGGUUCAUCGUCAUAUAAAGAUAUUGUCUUAGGCUCGCCACAUCUUGGUCGUCGACUUCUAACAGGUUGUGUUCUCCAAAUGCUUCAACAAUUGACUGGAUGUGUACGUAUAUCCCUCCUAUUGUAAAUAUAAAUUGCUAAUAAGUUGAAUAGAACUUUAUCUUUUACUAGUGAGUAUCAUUAAUGUUACUCUUUGUCACAUCUUUCACUUCCGUUAAAAUAUGCAGCGACUGAUCUAGCUCUUUAUAGUGGUACAACUUUCUUCAAAAAUGUCGGAAUUUCGUCACCAUACGUCAUUCAACUUAUCACCAACGUAGUAAAUACGGUCUCAACUCUUCCCGGUAUGAUUUUAGUUGAGUCGUUAGGUCGACGUCGUCUCCUCAUGGUAGGUUCAGCAGGAAUGGCAAUUUCUCAUUUCUUGAUUGCAGCUGUUGGUACUGCAGCACAGGAGGAAGCGAGAGCUGUGAACAUUGUAAUCAUCAUAUUCGUCUGCUUUUUCAUCUUCUUUUUCGCUUCAUCCUGGGGACCAGUCGUUUGGGUCGUCACAUCAGAAAUCUUCCCAUUAAAGGUUCGAGCAAAGUCAAUGUCAAUCUCCACGGCUUCGAAUUGGCUUCUCAAUUUCGCCAUCGCUUAUAGCGUUCCAUAUAUGACAAGCACCGGACCCGGUUAUGCAAAUCUUCAAGCAAAGAUAUUCUUCCUUUGGGCUUGCUUUUGUGUAAUUGCCUUUCUCUUCGUUUGGGGAAUGGUUUAUGAGACGAGCAAGAUCAGUCUUGAGCAGAUUGAUGAGUUAUAUGAACGAGUGGAACAUGCUUGGAAUAGUAAUAACUUUGAACCAAGUUGGAGCUUCCAAGAGAUGAGGGAUGAAGGUGCAUCUGCAAGUGGAAUUCAAUUACAAUUACAGCUCGCUACUCAAGAAGAACCGAGAAGACGAACGGGUACAAGUGCAAGUGCAACAGGAAGUGAGGGUACUAUGUCAGAGGAAGAUAAAAUCAUUGCGGGAUUAGGAGAUGUUGAUUUAAGUUAUUAAUGACUUCUUAAGGGCUAUUCAAGGCUUUGGGUAUUUUAAGUAUAGUAUUAUAUUAUGUUUCAAGCGUCGGAGUUUAUUGUUGUUUGGAGUUUUAGGGAAUGGAUGAAAUGGAAGGAUGGUAGGAUGGUUCUCGUAUGAAUUGCGUAUGGUGUAGGGUGGGAAAUGAAAUAUGGUUGGCCUUUGGGGUUGGGGUUGGGAAUUGUGAUUGGCGAAUUUUUUUGGACGGAUGGGUCUAUCGUAUCUACCGCAGGCGAAAUUUGGGGAAUCCAUGUCAAAGAAUGGGGAGGGAAUUGGGGUUUAUACGAUGGGGGUUUUAUACCGAUGCAAUGCAAUGAAUGCAAUGCGAUGCGUAUGAGCAUAUAUUGUCCAAUAGCAAUGUUGGGGCGAUAUAUUUAUGAUGUUUCUGAUGGAUGUUAUUUGGUUGACUUGACCUGACCUGACCGUGGGAUCUUUGUUACCUGAAUGAAUUGAAAUGGGAUGAGAUGGAUUUGGGGAAUGAGGGGGUCGGCGAUGCAGGUGGGGAUGCGGAUGGAUGGGUGCUUGCUUCU